AUGGAUAUGUCGGGUGCUUCAUUAAUCUCCGAAGCUGUGGGUAGCGGGCAAGCCGAUUUUGGGCUCGCAACAAGACUCGACAAGCCGGAUACUCGAGAUGGGAUGGUAGGAAAGCAACUUGGCAUUUAUCCUAUCCAACCAGACUUUUACUGUGCACCAGAGGUAAUCCUUGGCUGCGGUUGGGAUUUCAAGGCUGAUAUUUGGAAUUUUGGUGUGUUGUUGUGGAAUAUCCUUCGGAGCAAAGGGUUAUUCCAACAGGUACAUGAUGCAGAUGGCAAAUACAACGCAAAGUCACGUCUUGCAGAAAUGAUUGCUCUACUUAGCCCACCCCUCCCCAAGGCAUUGCUCGCGAAAUCAAAGACUAUGUCAGAGCACAACUGGCCCCAGCCUGUCGCAAACAAUACUGGCAGACUGUGCAGUAAUGCUCAGUAA